CCGUGUUACAUAUUUUAGCUCGGAGCCUCAACCACGAAAUUAGAUUGCAUAUUAAACUAUCCUUUUAUAGCUAUAGCAAUUUAUUCUAAUUCAAAACAAUCUGGCAUCAAGGAACGAAAAGAAAAAGAUGAUUCAUAAUAACCAAUGCUGCCUUAUUUGAUGAAAGAAAUCGUGAACAUGGCAAUUUCAAAUUUAUUUUUUUAAUUUGAAUUUUGAAUCAAUUGAAAUAUUCCGCGUACGGUGUAGAGAGAGAAUGAUGAUGAUGAUGAUGAUGAUGAUGUUACAUAGCCUGACCAGCACAUUCCCCCCGAGAGAGAGAUAGGAUGUAAAGAGAUUGAUGGUUGCGUAAGAUGUUUUUAUUUUAUUUUAUUUUAUUUUAUUUUCAAAAUAGCCGCCAGAUAGAAAUGAUUAUUUUCGUGAUGGCUGAGGUUUCUUUCAAAACUUGAGGGUUGACGGUGUUGGUGGUGGUCGCCAGCACUGGUGGUAUCGUUACAGUAAUGAAGAACAGGAGUAGCGUGUGCCCACCAUUAACCUUUGCUGAUCCCUACAGUCUACUGCUGUAUGGUCUUUGUUACAAUGAUGACCCGCAUAUGGACUCGCGGUCUAACUUGUGCUGCUGGAACAGACAAGCCGCAAAUUGAUGAUCAAGUGCGCUGGUAAAAAAAACCCUGAGCUGGACGGAUGGUUUGGGAAGAAAAAGGGGAGAGAGGCAAAUAGCGGCGCAGCAGUAAAGGUUGUUCCAGCUCGAUGGAGUGGAAAACAUCUGCCAAUGUCCCCCCAGCAGCCACGCCCUUUAAUGCUCAUAUAUGUAGCUGUCGAUGACAUCACACAGUCUCGGAAAUUGUCAUUUCAUCCGGGAGCGGAGCCUCGUCAUCUCCGCCCAACUCAAAUCAACUGCGACUUAGGCACGAACACACUCGGUGCCUUUUGGACUCAUCAAAAGGAGCCCAGUCAUCAUCAUCAUCAUCCUCAUAUGAAGGACGUAACGGGUAAAGUUGGGUUUGCCUCCCCACUUUUUUACCGAGGAGAUUCGACCCCAUCGGAGAGAAAAGAUGAUUGGGAAAAACCGGCGGGUGAUUAUGACACCCACCGCCGCCGUCGCCGUCGUCUCUUGUUUGUUCCUCAUCGUCAUCCAGCGAUGCUGCGACGCCACUCAUCAAACGCAGCAGCCGUACAACUGCCCGCAGGAAUGCAUCUGUCUGUCUUCAACUCAAGUGUUGUGUAAUGGCGGUGGGCUGAGCCAAAUUCCCGACGACCUCCCGCCGUACGUGGAACACCUUUCGCUCAUCAAGAACAACAUUGGCCAGCUGAGGACGGACGCUUUCCAGCGCUACAAGUCGCUGCGCAAGCUCUACCUGGACGGCAACGCCAUCAAUCAGGUGCAGGCGUUCGCCUUUCGCGGACUCGGCCGGCUCCAGGAGCUAUCCAUGCAGAACACGCCGCUGGAACGAUUAGGAGCCUUCACCUUUUCCGGACUGCACAAUUUGAGCCACCUCUACCUGGCCAACAAUCAGAUCCGCCGGAUCGAAUCCUACGCUUUCGCCGGAACGUCGUCCAUCCGCCUACUGGUCCUCACCAACAAUCCGACCGUCCGCAUCGACUCAUCCGCAUUCGCCGGGCUGAGUGAUGUUCAAAUGAUUUAUUUACCCGCCGGCGUCCGUCACCUGGAACAAGAUGCUUUCAACGGACUCUCCAUGGUGGGCCAUUUGAAGCUGGCCCAUUUGGACCUCCAGUCGCUCAACAGUUUCGUCUUUCGUGGCCUGAGGCACGUCCAGCUGUUGAGCAUCCAGGAAAGCGAUUUGGGCGUGAUCCGGCCGGGCGUCUUCACCAACAUGAGCAAUAUCGGGCGGCUGAGUCUGACCAACAAUAAAAUCGACGCCAUCGAGUCGUUUGAAUUGACGGCCGAUAACCGCGUCCGCCAAUUCCACUUUAUCGGCAAUCACGUCCUGGAUCUGCCCCACGGCCGGGCCAUCCGCAUUCGAGGUGUGCCGGUGGUGAACGCGUCCAACAACCACUUCCCCUGCGAUUGCCACAUUUUCAGCUGGAUGAAGUCGGCCAUGUUCGCCAACCAGAGCCGCGAGCGGAUGAUGGCCAACAAUUAUUGCAUUUCUCCGUACGAGGUUCACGGCAAAUCUAUCCAGGCAGCCAAGGACGAGGCCCACCUCCUGGACGAUUGCCCAGACGAUCCAAUCUCCGAUUCCGCCGAUGAUCCAGCCGAGCCCGGCUCGGCGGCCGAUAUCGUUACGGCCCUGGAAACCACCAAACCUUCGACUCUGUUUAGCAGCAGCGACGGCCGAUCGGCCUACCAAUCGACGGCCGUUUUCAUGGUGUUGCUCUUAUCAUCCAUUUGUGUCAAAAUGUGAAUGGAUCCAUCCGCCAAAAAACCACAAAAACUGCGAGUGUGUAAUUUUUAUUCCUGACGUGACAAAAUCAGGAAAUUGUACAAAACAGAAAAACAAAACUGAUCAAUAAUAAGCGGAAUAGACGGCCGAGUCACUAGCUAGGAUAGUGGCGCUCGAAUAGUAGGUGGAAAUGGGCCGACUGCUGGACACGCGUUCCGGCAGCUCGUAGAUGGAAUUGCAGUCGUCUUCGUCGUCGGUGGCGUCGGCCGGAAGCUGCGGGCGACGGUAGAGCCAAUCCUCGUAGUCUGACUUUUGCCACAACUCGCGCCACCUCUGCUCCGCCCGGCCCAAAACAAACAGACAAACAAAUAUCAAGAGACGAUUGGAUGUGCCAUCCAACACGCACAAAAACUCCCCAAACAACUUUUUUUUUUUUUUUUUUCUAGGGCCCCCGCCGAACAACUUUGAAUCCGAUCGUGAUCGAUCCGGUGAAUCAUUCAUCCGCUCUCCUUUAUUUUGGCCCAGGAAAUAUAUAUAUACGUGCGGUUGGAUGGGUGGAUGGGGGGGCAUAUAAACUUGUCCAGCUGACCCCCCCCAACCAACCCAAACAAACACGACUUUUCUACGACACACGGAAACUACUCUUAUCCGUCGUCCCCUAGCGACAAUUCAUUUAUGAUGCGGGUUUUUAUAGAGAUGGCCUGCUCUUUUUUUUCCCUUUCUUUUUCUUUAUGGUCUCUCUCCGCUUGUUUUUCGCCUCAAAGUUGUUGGUGGUCUGUUCUGGCCCCCCCUUUUUGUCGUUGUUGUGAAUUGUAUACAGAGACACACACACGGUAUGUAUACUACCUUGGAGCCGGGCAAGUGGCGGUAAUGGCGGGCGGCCAAGUAGAACGGAGUCAGCAGGACGGAAACCCAGGGGAGGCCGAGCAGCAAUUGUCCGACGAUGGCCAUUACGUUGCUGAUCUCACCGUCCGUCACCCGCACAGCUCCGUCAAUGAUGCACAUCUGUUUGUGGGAAGGGGAUUGAAAUCAAUUUGACUAUUACAUACGAGACACACACACACACACAAAAUACAUAUAUAUAUACAUAUAAUACUAUUUACAAAUAUUACAUUUCUCGAAAGAUAUCUCUCGCCGUAUUGUGUACACUAUUAUUUGUGUUUUACGCCCACCCCCGCCCCCCUUGUAAAGUUUUACCAUUUCCAGCUCUAUUUAUGUGGUUCUAUCUAUCUCUCUUUCUAUGUGUGUGUGUGUGUGAUGUGUAUACAACCCUUGCUGCCUGGGCGCUGUACAGCAAUAAAUCUAUCGACUAAUCUCAUCA